AUGCCACCAAUAUAUUCACAAAAGCCCCUAGAUGCUGAGCAUCAGGAGACCGUAUCCAACUUGCUAUUCAAGUCUAUCGGAAUGGCGAUUUUAGAAGCAUACACGCUGCUGCGGCUUCAUUUGAUGUGCCGCGCAAUACCCUUACACGCAGGCUCAAUGGCACACCUUAACGCGUAA